AGACAAGAAAGAAGAUAGGAAAUAUGAUUUUCUAAUAAUAUCGUAAUUAAGAUGCUUUACUAGUUAUAUUCAUUAAAUAUAGUUAACAUCUUGAAUAAUUUCUUUGUUUCAUGUGGCAAUUCCAAAGCUGAAUUGAUAAUGCCUAAUGUUGUAUUGAACACUGCAGUUACCACAACUCUCUUAAAUUUUGUGAAAAUGUUUCGAAAAGCACAUGAAGAGAAUUUGAAGCAGGCUGAAUUGGACAAGAAGAAAGCUGAGAAGGAUGCUGAAAUGCAGAAGGCUAAGGGAACUAACCCUAGGAAGAAGACUGAGGUGGCUGAGGAUUGAUUUCUUUCUAUUCCUGCAAAGGAAUAAGCUUCUUGCUUGCAGCAACAUCUGCCGCAAUAUUUUUUGUUGAAAGGCGGCAAAUGCUGCUUUUGAGACCUGCUCGGGUGCCUCCUGCUUCUCUUGUUGUCGCUCUGGUAAGACUUUAAAGGUGAUGUGAAUGAGGAAAAGAGCAAGUCCUGAACGCUUGCAGUUGCAGACAGUGGACUAAACAUAAUGCUUCACAAUGUAUAUCUGGACUGCGCGAUGCAAAAUACAAUGAUUAUGGUCAGACAGCUUUUUCAACAGUAGAUUUCAGACAGGCCAAAUGUUUAAGCAUGGUGUGGUUAUAGAUCAUUCUCUGAGCAGCACUGGUUCUGAGCUUAAUCUAUCAAGAUGAAUGAUCUGUCCCUCCCAGCAUCAUUCUGAACAUAGUAUACCAGGUUAUGUCAGUUGCAGUUUUUGUCAUUCAUUGCAUGAUUUUUUCAGCAGCAGAGCAGAUGCUAAAGGGAUUGUAAAGCAAGAAGAGUCCCACUGUACCAUGAAAAACAUGUACAAAGCUCUAACCCCCCGCUUACAUUAGAGUGCAAUUCUUUCUUGUAACAUACUUGUUUUCCCAUGUCACGAAAAGUAGUCCAUUACUAUGGAGAUUGUAUAGGUUUGUUAGGUUUAGAUAGAGAAAUUAGGACAGAUUCUCUUAGGGUAGUUGUAAUUUAGAUCCCCACACUCUUGAAAACUGUUUUGUUUAUUUUUCUGAUUCAGUAAAACUACUAAGGAAAUGAAGGAUAAGAUUUAUU